UCCUUAGGACGACGCCAAAUACUUCUUAACUAAGAAGCGUCCCAAGUGUUAUUGCCUAUUUUCUAUUUAAUUUUAAUACGUUUAAUGCUAAGAUAUGAAGUUUGGGACGCCGAUAAUGGUGCCCUUAGAUUUACCCAUUUCAUGGUCAGACGGCAUGGAUAUCUAAACUCCCACGCAGAUCAAUCGGGUUUGCAUGUCGUAGGUGAGCCGGCUCCUAGGAGAUUAACUGGGCUUUUAGAUUUGAAUACCCAUGAUUACCAAAGAAGAAAAAAAAACAAUGGUUAGAUAUGUGGAGUAAUAAAAUGUGUAUCAUAAGAUCCUUUUUAUUAAACCACUCGUUCAAUAGUUAUAUCAUUACAUCUGAAUAACCUUCAAUUUGUUGGCAUCGCGUUGCUGUCUUACCUUCUUUUUGUUAACACUGUGUUCUUUUUUAACAAAAUGUCCUUUAGUUAGCAUAAUAUAAUAUCUAUUCGAUGAAUAAAUUGGAUUAUAUUUUUUAUUAACAAAUAAAGGCUGUGGAAGUUCAGAAACAUUCGUGGGUUCUUUGUCACUGGCGCAGGCAUACAAGCGUGGAAACUUAACUGAGAAAAUGAUUGUUGGCGACAAAUGAAUAUUCCACAUAGAGAUAAUAUGGGCCUUAGUGCACGGUCCAGGCCUAAUUCAAUCAACAAUGAGACAUCUCUUUACACUUGAAUAUGUAUUUAUGAAAUUGUUGAUUUUGCGAUCCAGUCAGGGCGGAGGCAUGUUAAGGGUAGGGGGGUCAGCUGACCCCGGUCAAUUUUAAUUUAUCAACAACGUUUUCUAAUAAUAUUUAGUAUUGACCCCAGUCAAAAAUUUCUCCUGACCCCUAUGUAUUUGAAACCUACUUUAAUCUUACUGAAAGUUUAUGCAUUUCAUCAUUAUAUCCAUGUAAGUGGUAUAGAUAACAUAAAUAAGUUUGCAAAAGUAAUAAAAACGUGUAUUUGUGACUAUUAAUGUCUAUAUCUUAUACAUAAUUAUUAUUUUAUUAAAAUUUAAUAUACAAACACAAGUUUCGAUUGUAUUGAAAAUUUUAAGAAGUUUCUUGUUUUUAUAAUCAAAAUGUAAAUGUUUGUAGUUAUUUUUCUUCUUCCUUGCUAUACAUAAUUUAAAUAAAGUGCUAUUUUGCUACACAUUCUCUACAUAUACUGAAAUAACUACCAACUACGUGGAUCUUACACUAAGCAAAAAUGGUUAAUUUCAUCACUUAUAUACAAGUCACUAUUUAAUAGUUGGUUAAAUUAAUUAAAUUAUAAUUAUAAUAUUUGUCUAGAGAUCGUUUAAUUUGUUUUCACUAAUAGUAAAUAUUUUAAUGAAAUAUAUAACUAAUUUAAACAAUUUAAUAUUUUUAAAGUAUAUAUAAUAAUUUAUUAAAUUUACAUGAUAUAAUUUAUAUUUAAUAUUAAAAUAUUAUUGACCCCGGUAGAAAAUGAUUCUAGCUCCGCCACUGGAUCCAGACCCGUAUCCGGUUAAUGUGUUUGUGGUCCAGAUCUAUUAUGCGUUAGCUGGACUGGUUAGUGGUUUCAAACGCAAACGAAGAAGCUUUCCUCUAGUCUAGCUAUUGAAUCAAGACAAGAUGUUGUAACGUUUUUCAUAUUUCUAAUAUACUACUUCACCGGUAACAUACUCCACAUUUGUCGGAAAAAAAGACACCUAUAAUACAACGAUACAUAGACUAAACAUUUUAAGUACAAUCUAAUAAACCAUUUUUUGGAUUGUACUCUCAAAAACAGAAAGAAAAAUUAAUUGAGAACCCAUAGAAGCUUCAAUCAGAUUGCAUCCCAACUGUAUCGACAAAUUGAGAAACGAUAGAAGCUAGAUGAAAUUGAAGCUUUUGCAUCAUAAUGUCAUUAAUCUAUCAAAUCCACAUUUUAGCUAGGAUUUUGUAAUAAUGUUUUUGCUAUAUGAUUAUUUAAAUUCUCAAAUGUAAUGAUAUUGUACUAUUCAUUUUUAACUUUUUCUUUUUUUCUUUUUUGUAACAUUUCAUUCAUUUUUAACAUACCUGUUUAACUCCUAUGUUUCGCGCAGAAAGGAAGCAACUAUUAUAAACUACAGUUUGAUAAGUGGGUGGUAGGAGAAGUAGACAAAGACAACGAGACGUUUGCGGCUCUAUAAUGCCUAGCCUAUACGCACUCUGUUUUUUUUUUUUUUUUCUUUUUGUCGUUUUAAUUUUUUUUUUGAAUAGUGUGUCAUGUCCAAGCGAAACCAUAAAUCAAAUAGUGGACUUUUUGUUAUUGUAUGUUGUUGUCAGGCAAUGUGAUCUCCAGUUUCAGUGAGGGACCAGACGCUUUGUCUUACUGUAAUCUCAAUAACACUCUUUUAAGUACAAAACUGCUACUUUCAGAAUUUCAGAUAAUGAUUUUGAGUCGUUUUAUCCGGAGUUGUAAUGAAAGAACUAGGAUUAGGCUUGGUUAGUCUGUAAUGGGGAACAAACGGGGUGGACAAAACCACCACCUUCAAUCAGGUUGCAUCCCAACUGUUUCGCUCCCAUUGUAGUAUACCUAAAUGAUAGUGCCAUUCUGAGCUUAAGCUUCCGGCCCAUUAACUAUUUCUAUGCACACGGUUCGGAAUAACUUUGUGACAUAUUGUAACUCAAUUCAAAAUGUUUCCGUCUAAGAUAGUCGAUUGCAAUUGAUCUGUUUUUUUUUUCCAACUGUGACUAUUCUACAAAAAAUUAAGACGGUUUAGAAAUCCAAACCAGAGGUAUAUAUAUAAUAUGUAUUCCUGCUUAAGGAAAAUUCCGCUUACUAUAUACUAACUUGUCUGCGUAAUUUUCCAUUGCACAAGGAAUAUAUAUUGAUUGUAAAAUAAAAGUAAAACUCUUUACAUCUUUGGACUUUUCUAAGAUAGGAAGAGAAAGCAUGUCACUCUGUCUGGCGUAGAUAACUAGAUACCAUCUUCACAACUCAGUUUGUUGCAAACACCACAAACAUCGCAUCUACUUUCUGAUUAUAUACAAUUAUACAAAGAGUUGUCCAUAUUUGGAGUUUUAAAGAUUGUUAACCUUCUCUGACGCAUUUAACUUGCGUAUAGGUACAAUACUUGAUGAUUGAAAGGAACACAUUAUCUUGAUCAUCAACUCUACUGAACAUUGUUUGGAAUCUAUCAUUCUAUUCUGAAGACUAAAUGAUUAAUCUUUUUUGGGGAAGCGUGGAAGAUAAGUGAAAGAAAGAGCACUAUGGUACUAGAUAUUGGUCCGAUUUUUUCUUCUUCACGCCAAUCUUCAGCAACGACAGUGUGUGCUUUUUCCCAUGUGAUCUCACUUUUGUUGCGUAUGAAACUUUACAUAUGCCUACUUAUAUGUAUAUGUUUGUACCUACGUAUCAUCAUUAACCUUCCUUUCUCAAUGGAACAGAUCUGUAGUCUGCUGUAACCAAUUAUCUGUAAAUUGACAAUGCCAAAAAGCUUGAACUCUUCAUUUGUCAAUGUUCUUACACACUUUUUUCCUUAAAUGUUAAAUUCAUAGACACUAUACUUUAACACCCAUGAGCAUAGUCAAAUGAACCAAAAAUUGUGUGUUUAUACAUCUAUAUACUAUGAGUUUUUAUGCGUAAUAUUAUUAGUUAUUAAUAUAUUUUUAAAAAUGGACUUUAAUUGUGAUAUAGAAAUUAGUUGUUAGCAUAUUUCAAAAAUCCUGCUAAAAUACAACUUUUAAUAAAAAAUUUACUUUAAUAAUGAUGUAUGAAUUAUAGUCAUUAUCAUAUUUAAUUAGUGUUACAAAAAAAUAAUUCAUUAUCAUAUUUCAAAAGUCUUACCAGAAGUAUAAAUUUUUAUUUUAAAAAAUUAUAUAUGUCACAGUUAAGUUGAUGGCAUAGACAUGUUUUUGUUGAGAAUGAAUAUAUUGAUGACAUAUAAGUAAAUUAGAAAAAUACUUUAAAAUAAUGUCGAGGAGAACUAUCAUAUAUGUAUAUGUUUGAAAAAAGUAUAUAUUUACAUGUGUGGUUGGAUAAAAUGAUAGAAUAUAUGCAACAUAUGAGGUAAUUUGAUCAAUGAUUUAUUUUUAUCAGGGAUUUGUCUGCGAUUCGCUUAGAGGAUUUUGCGCGGAAAAACUAUAUUUAUUUAAUUUAAAAUUUGAUAUUUGUUUAUAUUUUGAAGUGUUUUGUUUUUUAUUUGAUGUCAAAUAUGUUUUGCGGCAUUGCCCUAUUUUAUUUAUCAUUUUGUGAUUUUUAAUUAGUGAAAAUACUUCUUCAUCCUCAUCUUCCUAUGCGUCUAACUAUUCUCAUAACUUUUAUUCUAUUAAUAUAGAUACUUAUUGUUUUCAAAAUUUUAAAUUUUAUAAUAUAAAAUUUCACUGUGUGGAUUAUAUUUUUGUAAUUUACUUACAUAAAUUGUAGAAGUACUAAUGUUUACUGGUAUUUUUAGUUUUUUUUAAUAAAACCAUUUUGGUAAUGUAUGUAACUAGUCCUAGUUGAAUAAUUAACUUAAGUAUCUCCAAAAGCAUAAUUUACAAAAUAACAUAUCUAAGAAUACAAGAUAAUGCACAAGCUAGGGAUAAACUAUUCUGUAUUUUAUUCUGUAAGAAUUUGUGAUUAAAUAACAAACCUUUUUUUUGUAAUCCACGUAAUGAAAAUAUGGUUAUGAUACUUAUGAUCAUGUGGUUGUUUCAAAUCACGCAAUUUUUUCAGUCUGGAAUUAUACUAGACUAUUCUACUACUAUAUAAAAUUUAUUUGAAAUUUGUUAAAUUCAUAGAUAAAUUAUACCCAGACUUAUAUAUAAAAAUUGUUAUACCAUAUUGCAAAUAAAUUAAAACAAUUUUCAUGUACUAUAGCUCUAUUUAUAUCAUUUCUUUUCGAGCAUUUAUUUGAUAUUCUGCAAUGUUAUCAUUUGUUUAGCCUUUAUUAGUGUAUCAUCAAUAGGAGCCUAAAUUACAAGGGAUCGACUAUCUAACUAUCCUUGAAAUUUCAAACUUACACUUUCAUAGUUUUAAGAAAAAAAUGUUCUGAUUUUUUUAAUAAGUGAAUGUUAUUUAAGAUAAGUGUAUAAUUAGAGUCGGCCCUAGCAUGAAGCGGAUGAAACAUCUGCUUGCGGCUGCAAUAUAUUAAGUAUAUAACCGGCUACAAAUUUACAAAAAGUCUCAAUAGUCUAGUGGUUAGUUGAUCAGUAUAGGACAUGAGUGGCUGGGUUCAAAACCCUUCAUGCGUAUAAUUUCUUUUUCAGUUUUUUUCAGAUAUUUUUUGUUUUAUUUUUGUUUGUGGCCUUGAAAAAUCUAGGACCGGCUAUGUGUGUAAUGUAUACAUUAUACGCUCUUUUUUCUUGGCAACGCGUAAUGUAAUAAUGUAUACAGUUAUUGAUUUGUAUAUAUACUUUUAAUUUCAUUGUCUUGUUAUCUCUUUAAGGCAUAAUAGUAGAGAAGUGGUCCAAGUGGACAUUGGCUGGACGGCACCAAAGUCUCAAAAUCUUGAUAGGUCUUCUUAGUGGCAAUGCUAAGAAGCAUUAAAUAUAGUAUUUUCAUCUUUAGUAGCCUCUCACCAUUUUUGUUUUGUACUCAUAUAUGUUUCUGUAUUCGUGCAUUAAAAUAAUCAUGAUUUGUUUUCAACUUUCUAGAAGUGAAAUCUCAUCGAAAAAUAUUUGGGUUCUUAAUAAAUGCAUAUUUUGGAAUGAUAAAUCUACGCAUUACGUACGUGAUGUCAAAAAGAACAAUGAGUGUAAGGUAAUCAAUAUAAUUUUUGAAUGUGGAGUUAACAGAAACUAAAUGAUAAAAGAAGUAAGAGCCAAGCUCAAUCAGUAUAUAUAUGUCCUAGCAGAAACUAAGUGCAUAUUGGCAUUGUUCUAAAAAGAACUAGAAUAGCAGAAACUGAGAGCUUAGCUCUAUACAAUACAUGAGUCAGAAACUAUAAAUAUAGAGAAAAAGUAUAUUUUUUUUUUGAGAUAAUAUUGUCAUUUCAUUAGUUCGGUUGAAGCAAUACUAAACAUAACUUUUAGAAAUCAUAUAAUCAAAUUAAACUUGAGACAAAUUUAAUAUUACGUACAGUUGUUUUGGCUCUAGAGAGCUGAUAGACUUUAACCCAAAUAUUUUUUUAUUAAUCUAAAAAGGUAUUUUAAGAUUUGGUAUAUGGUGAAAAGGAUUACCAAACACCGUAAUUCAAGAGAUUAUCACAUGUUACUAAUGUGUUUAUUAACAUAGCUAGGCCUGAGAAUUUGGAAGCUCUAAACGAUUUAAUAAAGAUUUCAAUAGUUUGGGGGUUUAAAUAAAAAUUUAGGGGCAUGUAUAUAUAAUUUUUUUCAAAAAAUUUAGGGGCUUGAAACGAAUGUUUCAUCAAGCUUAGCCUUAGAUUGGCCGAAUGUGUAUAUAUUUCUAAUUAACCCCUUUCGUACAUAUAACCAACUUAAUUAGGUUUUUCUGCCAAAAUUAGUUUCUACAUUCUCUGUGUAUACUAGAGUCUAGACUCCAAUUCUAUGACAACGCAAGACAUAAGCUUGAAGUGAAAGUAAAAGAACAACGAAAAGUCUAGGUGAAAGUAUAAGAGACUAUAAGUUUCGAAAAAAAAGUAAGAGAUUAUAUAUAAAAAAAAGAUCUGGUUUGGAAAUAAAUGGGUUGGUAAAAUCUUAGUUGAAGAAUGGAGGGUAGAAGUCAAAAUUGAAUACUCAACACUACCAUACUUAACGAUAUUAUAACCUGUUAAUGAUACUAUAACUACCUUGUAUCCAUUUUUUAGGAACAUAUAUCAGUGACAUUAUAUUUUCAUAUAUAUAUAUUCAUAGUGCCAAAAGACUGAACUAGUUAAUAGUUGGGUAGUUAAAGAUUUCGAAUGGGUUAUUAAAGUAUAAAUUAAAGUGCCAAACCCGUCUUCUCCCAUGGUUUCGAACAUCCGAUAAAGAAUUAACCAAAUUGAUGUAUAUAUUAGGGUUUAUUUUGUUGACAAAAAAAAAUAUUAGGGUUUAGUUUUAUUUGAUCGUUACAAAUAAUUGCAAACAAAUAGGACUAAAUACAGUUUCCAUCAAUUCGUAGCUGAACCAAAUUCAUGCAAACUCUAACCGCAUGCAUGGCAGCCCUAGUCUUAUACAAUCUCUUCGGGCGGGUCGAAGACUAUAUUAUUCUCCUCUUCUUGUCGAUGUUAGAAUUCCAGACCUUCCUAAAUACGGAGUAUGUCUCUUUUUUGGCUUUAAGCUAAAUAACACCCGAUACAUCAUCAACUUAUCACAUCUUAAACUUAAAUUUAUAACUAGGGUCUUGUUUUUAACAAUUCAAAUUGGUCACUAAAAGUUGUUAUAGUACUACAAGUUAUAAGAAUGUUGAUUAGAUUAGAGAGAUUUUCAAUAAAUUUAAACCAAAAUUAGGAGUAAUGGUAGGGACAGUAAAUCUACACUUUUAAAGUCAUAAGCAUGUGCCUCAUCAACCACUCUUACUUUUGUCAGUGGACGCGGCUUAACAUACAAGACCCCCAAUCACUAUAAAUACAUCAUGGAGCCCUUUCAUUUUAGUUCAUCAACUUCAAAUAAUACUACUAAAACAAUGGUUCUCAAAGCUCUCUCAACUGUCUUUUUUCUUUUACUCGGCGUUGGCAUUUGCUACGCCACUAGCCGGAAUCUCUUAAUAUACGGCGAAAUUCCGUCUGGUCAUGGUGGUGGAGGUGGUGGAGGCCACGGAGGUGGUGAAGGCUAUGGAGUGAUUGGUGGUGGUUAUGGUGGCGGUAGUGGAGAAGGUGGUGGUGGUGGAUAUGGAGGAGUUGAAGGGUAUGCCGGUGGUGGUGGUGGUGGUCAUGGUGGAGGAGGUGGUGGAGCUUCUUCUUCCGGUGGAUACGCUAGUGGAGGUGGAGAAGGAGGUGGUGGCGGUUACGGUGGAGCAACUGGUGGAUAUGGUGGUCAUGCUGGUGGUGGUGGUCAUGGUGGAGGCGGUGGUGGAGCUUCUUCUUCCGGUGGGUAUGCUAGCGGAGGAGGAGAAGGUGGAGGUGGUGGUUACGGUGGAGCAGCUGGUGGUUAUGGUGGACAUGCCGGUGGCGGUGGAGGUAGUGGUGGUGGUGGAGGAGCUGCUUACGGUGGUGGAGGAGAUCAUGCUAGCGGUUAUGGAAGUGGUGGUGGUGAAGGAGCUGGUGGUGUAAAUGGUGGUCAUGCUGGUGGGGGAGGUGGUGGAAGCGGAGGCGGUGGAGGAUCAGCUUACGGUGGUGGAGGUGAGCAUGCUAGUGGAUACGGAAGUGGAGCUGGUGAAGGUGGCGGCGUGGGUAGAGGUGAGUAUGGAGGUGCUGCUGGAGGUGGAGGUGGUCAUGGAGGUGGAGGAGGAUCAGCAAGUGGAGGGUCUUAUGGUGGUAGUUCUUAUGGAGGCGGCGAAGGAGGAGGAGCCGGAGGUGGGUCAGGAGCCGGAGGCUAUGGAGGUGGUGGUGGUGGAGGAAGUGGCGGAGGAGGAGCUUACAGCAGAGGUGGAGCUCAUGGAGGUGGUUAUGGAAGUGGUGGUGGUGAAGGAGGUGGUUAUGGUGGUGAAGCAGGAGGAUAUGGCAGUGGUGGUGGAGGAGGUUCAGGUGGAGGCGGAGGCGGCAGCCAAUAUGGUGGUGCUUACGGUGGUGGUGGUGGUUCAGGCGGUGGACACGGGGGUGGAGGCUAUGCUCCAUGAAGAAACCAACUCAAAAUAAAACAAACAAAAAAGCUGGAAAUUAAAUGAUGAUUUGUAUACACAAAUGAAAAUGCUUUGGCUGAAAACAUUCUGUAUCCAUUAGUGAAAAUUGUAUUUCCUAAUAACUGAAUAUUUAUUCUCUUGCAA